AUGGCUGCUUCUCUGAGACAGAGGUUUCUGCGUGUGCUGUGUUGUGGGGCACCUCCCCGGGCGUCCUCCGGGGGCGACCCGGGUCACGGGGGCGGCACGGGGGCCGAGGAAGUGCUCCUGAUGGAGGGGUUUCUGUUUAAGAGGACCAGGAGUGUGUUUAAAACCUGGAACAGGCGGUGGUUCAUCAUACACAACAAUCAGCUUCUCUACAAGAAGAGGUUUAAGCAUGACUUCACGGUGCUGGCUGAAGACCUGCAGCGCUGUUCGGUCCAGAGCUGCGAGGACACCGGGCUACGCUUCUGCUUCCGGGUGGUCACGCCCACAAGGAGCUGUACGUUCCAGGCCGACUGUGAGGCAGGUAGACGGGCGUGGAUCAGCGCCAUUCAGAACCUGACUGAGAGAGAAGAAGAAACAGUCGAGAGCGAGGUGAAUUAUCAUUACCACUAUACUCCAGGAGGGGAGGGGAUCAGUUCUCGUCUCUGUAACACCAGUUUAAUCCGUCUAAAUCAGCAGGAAUCAGACGGGUACGAGAAUGAUUCAGAAUCAGGGUCACACCCACUUUAAUGAUUAAAGCUAGCAUGGCUGAGAGUCAGGUGAGCAUGUGCUGUGUAUCAGGACUUUCUAACCUGAGUAAUUUAAUCACAGAAAGUAAGAAUAUCACCCUGUUCUUCUACCAUCUUUAAUUCUGGCUUCAUUUCACCUAAUGAACGUGGCAUGAUCUUUA